CAGGCGUCCGCGAAGAACCCCCGGCCGACGACUCUGUUGUCGACCCAACAACAGUUCAAAACCUUCCGAGACCUAUUGCAAACAUGGCGUUGGAUUUCGCAGCGACGUAUAAAGUCUUGGUUUUAGGCGACUCGAACGUUGGCAAGACCUGCAUCGUGCAUCGCUACUGCGACGAACGGUACUACGACACUUAUAUCUCGACGAUAGGUAUUGAUUUCAAACAGAAGAUCAUUAACUUAGAUGGAACGCCGAUUAAAUUACAAAUCUGGGAUACUGCCGGCCAAGAAAGAUUUCGAACUUUAACAACGGCAUACUAUCGUGGUGCCAUGGGUAUUCUUUUAAUGUACGAUGUCACUAGUUUGGAGAGUUUCAACCAUUUGUCGUAUUGGCUACGAAAUAUUCAAGAAAAUGCAUCACCGGACGUAGUAAAAGUUUUGGCUGCGAAUAAAUGCGACGCGACCGCGCAUCGCGCCGUAGACGCCGAAAGAGGUCAAAAGAUUGCCGAAAAUUUUGAUAUGCCCUUCUUCGAGGUAUCGUGCAAGGAGAACAUCAACAUCGAAGAGGCUUUUCUUACUCUAGCUAGAAGAAUACGGGAACAACGAGGACGUCGGGCAAGCCUGUUCGAAGCUUCCGAGAGAGAAGGCGCGGACAGUAUAAUUAAGGCUCAGUCACCAUCUCAACAAGGUGAUGCUUGGAGAUGCAGCUGUUAGUUCGGUGGAUGAUCCGAGGUCUAUUCGGCCGGUUGGAAAUUUCGACAGCUAGCCAAGAGUUAAAUCUACAAAGGAUUUCGUCUGUUCAUCGUGUAUGAGGGGUCAAAUAUCGCUCGUUUCUAUAUCUGUACAUACGCAACAC